ACCUAAUCAUUUUGGACUUCACCUAGAAGAGUGCGGUGAGAGAAAGAUGGGAGGGGGAAUGGAGUACAACAAGAACCGGUGGAUAGAGGAAUGGGGAGCGGCGAGGGAGAACCUUGAGCACAACUUCCGAUGGACUCGCCGGAACCUCGCUAUCGUCGGUAUCUUCGGUAUUGCUGUCCCUGUCUUGAUUUACAAGGGAAUCGUCAAAGAGUUCCAUUUGCAUGAUGAUGAGUGGGGCAGGCCACGCACAAAGUUUGUACCAUAGAGGAAGUUCGAGUUCUGUGAUAAUCUUGGAAGAAAGUACAAUUACAUUCUUUCUCCCCACCUUGUUGAUUUCGGAUUCAAAAUAAUUUCGACUUGUUCUUUGAAUUUACUCUUGGUUGCUGUAGAACAUGGAUGUCACAAUUGUAUUCAUGUUCAAAUCUCAGACGCAUGUUUGUUGCCUCUUUUUAUCUGUUGUCUAUGGGGGCUGCAUCAUUGUCUCAGAUCAAGUUAGCAGGCACAUUUGAUAAUUGGUUGAAGUAAAAGAUGGGAGCAUAUACUGCUCCAAAGGUUCGGUUGUCAUUGUAGGAUCAUAGACAGAAGCAGUAACUAGUUCAUAUGCAGGUUGGCUGCUCUGUUUGAUUCUGCUUUGAAAACUUAAAGCUUUCAUUUACUGUUUACAAACACCUGUUGUUUCCCUUACCAAUGAAUGAACGAAUUUCCUUUUAGAAGCUGAGAAUGUUAUUUGGGUGUGAGAGGAGUUUUCCUUGUUA